AUGGAUUAUUACAUAGUAGAGGAGGUUAAUAAUCAGAAUCAGGUAAAUGAGAAUAUUAGUAAUGAAGAAUAUGGUCAUUCAAUAUUACCCGAGGUUAGAGAUAAUGAUGAACAAGAAAGUGAACGACAGCUAGAUGAGAAUAAGCCUUUUCAAAAUCUGAUAAAACGUGAUGAAUCCCUAGAUCUUUGUAAGGACAAACCAUUGAUUGAGGAUUUGGAUCCUUUAAAACCAUAUUAUUCAGUAAAGAUUCCUGAAACUGCACCAGAUAAGAUCCAACCACAAGGUUAUCAGCAAAUGAAUUGGAACGAAUAUCAUAAUUUAGAUGUUAUCCAUAAAUGGAUGGAAAAUUUAGAGAAUAAUUUUCCUUCCCUUUGCACUGUUGGAGCCAUCGGUACAACGCAGGAAGGAAGGAAAAUGAAAAUACUGAAGGUUUCAAACAGCGAAGCAGGAAAUACAUCUGUUUGGAUAGAUGCCGGUAUACAUGCAAGAGAAUGGAUAGCGCCCGCUGUUAACACGUUCAUAGCAGAUUAUGUAGUCCGAAAUUUCAAUACUCUUCCCACAAGUUUUACUAACAAAGAUUGGUAUUUUCUACCUGUCGCAAAUCCUGAUGGGUAUGAAUACUCCCACAAGGUGGAACGAUUAUGGAGAAAAAAUCGUGCUUGGUACGGUGGUCAAUGCUUUGGUGUAGAUAUAAACAGAAACUUCAGCUUCGCCUGGGGAGGAAGGGGCUCAUCAGGUGAUCCUACAAGUCCGGUUUUUCGAGGUCGAGAACCAUUUUCGGAGCCAGAAUCAUCGGCUAUGAGGGACAUUCUUAUUAGAUCUGGGAUCAAAUUCAAGGUGUACGUUACACUUCAUAGCUAUGGACAAGUCAUUGUAUUUCCAUUUGGCUACAGAGAUGAACUUUGUCCUGAUUACGUGCGUCUACUUGAAGGAGCUACGGUUAUGUCAAAGGCCAUCUACGCAUCUACCGGCAAUACUUACAAAGUUGGAAUAUCAAGAGAUGUUAUGUAUGGAGCAUCCGGUACCAGCACCGAUUGGAGCUAUGGUUCAGCACAUAUACCAUUUACUUACUUAAUUGAAUUAAGAAGCAAACAACAUAAAUUCCUUCUGCCUAAAGAAGAAAUUCAAGAGACCUGCAAUGAAAUUUUAAACUGCAUAAAAGCUUUAAUGGAAUUUGUUGAUAAUUAUCCUAUUGAUAAAAAUUCUUCAAAAUUAUACAAAACCUUAUAA